AUGUCCUGUUGGAGACAGUUGAACAUCGGUGUCGUUGGUGGCGGCAUCGGCGGCAUGUCCGUGGCCGUGGCUCUGCGUCGAGCAGGCCACAACGUGACGAUGUAUGAAAAAUCCGAUUUUGCCGGUGAAGUCGGUGCUUCCGUGUCUUGCGCAGCCAACGGGACUCGCUGGCUACACGAGUGGGGAGUUGAUGUCGCCAAAGGUGAUCCGGUCGUCUUGAAGAAGCUCAUAAACCGUGAUUGGAAGACCGGUGAGCCCGUCAGUGUGUAUGACUUGACUGAUUAUGAGAAACGAUGGGGAUACGUCUACAAUAUGUUCCACCGGCAGUAUAUGCACGCCAUGCUGAAGGACUCGGCGAUGGGAGAGGGUGAAGGAAUCCCGGCGAAGCUGGUUGUGAACUACCGCGUAAGUGUCUCCUGA